GUCUCCUUUAAACAGUACAGCUAUUUGAAAGUAAUAGAAGCUCAUUCAGGAUCUUGCAACGGACUCAAAACUACAGACCUCUCCAGAUCUGAGGGAAAGAGGGAAAAAAUUAUACUUCAGAAAGAAAAAUCAUAAAUCCCAGGAAAGAUGAAGUUAGUGUCUGUGGGCAUAGCCUGCGUCUGUAUGUUGGUGAAUGCACUGACAGAUGCCAGGCCUAUUGAAGAUGAAGACGACCCUUACAGAGAACCUGCAGGUAUGCCUUACUGGCCUUUCUCGGCCAAUGAUUUCUGGUCAUAUGUGGAGUACUUCCGGACCUUGGGAGCAUACCACAGAAUCAACGAGAUGGCUAGAAGCUUCUUUGCUCACCAGCCACUUGGAAAUACUCUUGGAUAUGCUGUCCCAUACCAUGAGCACUAACUCGCUGGGCUAAUCCCAGAGCUCAGAGAUUGAUUGAGUUUUACUGUUGCCAAGAAACACCAAAAUUACUUGCUUAACAACUGUGUUGUUACAAGGCUUCCUUUGUAUCAAGCAUGCAGCUUCUCGUGUUUGUUUGUUUGUUUUUUAAAUACUAAUGAUUCUAGCAUAACUU